AUGAGCGCCGUAUCCUCUAGUCAGGUGAAGGACUUCAUGGCUACAAUGUACUUUGGUCCUGUGGCAUCGAUGUAUCUCCUGGGCACCUGUGUUUUUCUCACAAAGCUGAAGCUCAAAGAUUGCUGCAUCGGCUUUGGAUCCUUGCGCGAGUGGCCGGACUUCAGCAACCUAAGGCUGUUAUCACUAGAUAAUAUCAGGGACAUGACCUUUAACCAUCAAGCCCUGUUCAUCCGCAAGUAUCCGAAUCUCGAACUCCUCUCCCGGAAGGCGACUGGAUGGGACCUCGACAUCCUGGAGAGAGAAUCUCCAGGCCGGCUGCUUUUCCCCACCAAAAGGACUACUUUUCCACGCCUCAGAGACGUUGUGCUUCGAUGCCCUAGAUUGGGAGAACAGGACAUGGUAACUGUUCAGGCCUACUGCCCUAUGCUGGCAACUCUCAGACUUGAGGGCGACGAAGUGGUAUUCACUGCGGGUCGAUUGGAGGCUCGGCAUAUUCUCGGGGUCGCGGAGGAUGGAGAUCAACAGAGAUUCAGGCCUCAGAAAUGGGGUUGUUUAAGCUUGAUAUUUUUCCAUGCCUACAUCUGUGGUCUGGAAAGCAAACCUCAGGCACGGUAUCGAGCGGUUUUUGAGCAACUCGCACGACUGGCGAACCUGAAUACCCUGGAAAUUGGAGCGCCGAAUUACCUGCCAUCGUUUGAACUCAGCCACGAUGGUCCCCAGCUAAAGGUCGGAUCGGAUCUCUUCGAUACCUUGGAAUAA